UUUGUAGAUAUUGCUGUACGCUUUAAUUUAAUAUUUGUUGACGCCCCACGCAAAUUUUCGAACAAUGCUAAAUUAGUUGGCGGCAAACUUUUUGAAAAAUUUAUUAAACUAUUAGGAGAGCAUGAAAUUUUGGACGACAUUGAAUAUUAUACAGAAGAAGAACAAAACGUGGUUGUAUGCGAAAAUAUGCCGAGUACAAGUAAGAAUACACCCGAUGAAUUGGAAGAUUAUGAACCUCCAGAAAAAAUUUCUACGCAUAAAGUAGUGCCAUACGAUACAAAAUUAAAGGUCGUACUGACAGCACAAGAACAUCCACAGUGGUCUUUCAAAACAUUAAAGCAUCAUUUUAGAAAAUAUUUAAACCAUCCUUCUGAUGUUACGAAAUAUAAAAAAGCUGUUUUGUCAGGCGGUACUUUUAGAGACAAAUUAAAUACAAUAAAAACUAAUGUGUACGAUCGCUUCACAGAAGCAAGAAAUAAGAAUCAAUUAGUUACGCGACGUUUGCUUCAACAGUGGGCUAUUGCUGCAGCCGCACAAUAUAACAAGCCAAAAGAAGAACAAGACAGCGAAGAACAUACAAAUGUUUUUCAUUUCGUAGCAUCCAGCACGUGGUUGACCAACUUUUUACACGAUUAUAGGAUAUCGAAUCGUCGCGUUGUUCGAUAUGUUUCCAAAAAAGAAGCAAUUACACCAGAAGUUGUCAUAAAAUCAGCGGAACAAUUUCAAACAUUAAUUCAAGCAAUUUCGCCAGAUUACGAUCCCGAUUUUGUCAUUAAUACAGACCAAACAGGAUGUGAGUAUAGAGUUAAUGUUUCGCGAACUUACACGCACACUGGAGAAAAAUUAGUUCAAUUGUACAUAGGCGAUUUAAAUAAAGUUUCGCAUUCAUACACCGCCCAGUAUUCACUGACGAAAUCCGGGAAGUUAUUAAAUAAAGUAUUUGUUUGUUUGCAAGAAUUUUCUGAUAAUUUUGGAGUACGCGUACAAAAAGAUGUAGAUAAAUUAUUAGAAUUAUGUAAAAAUGUCGUUAUUACAUGUUCUAAAUCGGGCAAAUUAACAACAUCAUUAUACGCACAGUAUUUGGAAAAUGUUGUUAAGCCGUAUGUCGGGGAUAAUUUGUUUUUAUUUAUUGUUGAUUCCUGGGGAGGACAAAAAAACAUCCAAAUGUAUAACGAAAUAUUUCGCGACAAAAAUAAUAAACCAACAUGUAAUUUACAAAUUAUACCGCCAAAAUGUACUCCGAUAUGUCAGCCGUGCGACGUUUAUUUUUAUCGACAAGUGAAAGUUAUAAUUAAGAAAAUACAAAACUGUCCAGAUGUAAUUUCACAAUCAGGUGACGAAAGCAAACAAUUAAAUACUCGUGCUGAUGCGAUUCGUAUACAAUCUUUAACUCAUUAUCUGUUAUCAGCGCCGAAAUUUAAAUGUAUGCUUCAAUAUGCAUGGUAUGCAUCCAAAUUAGCUGACGAUAGAGAAAUAUUUUUAAAUGUGAAUCAAUUAUGCUUCUCUUCAAACAUUUAUAAUAAAACAUGUGUAUGUGGACAACAUAAUUCAUUUAUUAAAUGUUCGUGGUGCGAAAAAAUUUUAUGUUUCCAAUGUUUUUACAUCAAUUUUCAUCCACAACAUUGCGAAGCGAUGGAAACCUUUUAUCGUAUGUAAAUAAAUAUAUAAUUAUAAAAGAAAGUUUAUAUUGUACAAAAUAUUCUUGACAAAAUAACACAUGUACAUUGCAUGAGAAAUAUAAUCAGUUCAUGACUUUAAAACUGUUUUUUAUUUCGUAUUGCGU